UACAGCAGCGACGAGCGCUGCAGCACCAGCUCUCAUCGGCGCUUGCGCAAUGCCGACGUGCGUCGCGUUGUGCUUGGGUCGCUCUUCGGGUCAGUUUGGAGCAACAGCAGCUGUGGCAGCAGCACUCCGGUGCUGCUAUCGGAAAGCUAAUCGAGUGCUUCGUAGGCCUUUUUCUGAACACACGCAUUAAUCCGAAUACGCUGACCCAGGAGCAUUGGUCUGGAUACACACGCAAGUUGUUCAAAGAUCCACAACAACUCCUGACGCGCAUGAAAGAAGUUCCGCAGCAACAAGCAUGUACUUGAUCAAAAUGAACAUGUUAUUCUAGUAUGGAAGAUGAAAGAAUAGUUCCACCGGCAGAAAACAGUUUUUGAAUGAUUUUAUUUGUGUACUUCAAUUUCUUCAGUCCGGGAUGUUUAGCUAAUGAGAGCUGUCCGUGGCUGGCAUAACGUUAUUAAAUCCCGUCACAUUUCUUGCAGCGCACAGUUGCAGCAAUUCGCCUAGUCCAGCAGGUCUCUACGAGCAGGAGCAGCGGCCUCCCCGAAAUUCCAAUAGCACAAAGUCUUCGGACCAGCAGCAGCAGCACGAACAGUUCGAACUAGCCGCUGCAAUCGAUGCCAGCCCACAUUUGCUGAAGCCUGGCACCCUUUUCCAAAUGUCAGGCCUCAUAGAACGGGACAAGAUCUUUCUCCGAAACAAGCUGGGACGAGACGCGUUUCAACUUAUCGAGCACCUGCAGCGUUGGAUUCAAGCAUUCGCCGCAAUGCACUUUGAAGAUGGUACUAAUGUUUCUUGCGAUGGUCGCUGCUUAUCAACUGGCGACAGGUAUUGCACUUCCACCCAGAUUGAGGAGUUAGUACUGACGGAUGCGUUCUUUCUGUUAACAUGGAUGAUUAACAGAGAACACAUGAUCUUCGACGCUCAAUCAUACUAGAUGACGUGGGCCGCCUCAAUGGCGCUUUGAAGCAGUACGAAGAUGACAUCGCGGUAUUGCGGAAGAAAGACGAAGUUUUGACUCAAACUGCAGUUGAUUUAACUCGAGCGACAGCAAAAGCGCUGCCAAAUAGCUUCAAGCUAGAGCCUCUAGCUCGACGUGCUAGCCCGGCAGCGAAUGGGAGUCUUUAUGGCUUGUCCUUGGAGCAGUGCUUUGUUGGAACACAGUGUCGCGCAAUGAAAUUUAUCUAUUAAAGGCUUUAGCAUGAGCAUAGGGAGCCUAAGCAUUUUUAGACUUAUAAUAUAAAUAGAUAAUCCAUGAUAUAAUGAUGUCUCAGCGACUACCAUCACCAAGACACACGAGAAAAUAUCCGUAUGCAUAGAUAUGUCUUGGGUUUUUUAGUUUCCUUUUCAUGUGGGAUGCGCGACCAGCUCCUCAUCAUCUUCCACUUGUGUUCGAGAGCACCGAGUAUAUGCUAGCCGCGGUUCUGCCUAUCAACAGGGUGGCUCGCCAGUAUCGCGUUCCAUAGCGUCAGGGUCGCUAGCGACGAGACCGACAAAGCCAGUUUUUUGUGCCUCCGCUGCGUCUAUCCCAACCGCGCAUACUGAAGCAGGAGAGACGACAAGCGCUGGUCUUGAUCGUGGAACAAGCAGCAACUACGAUCGCCCGUCUUCAGGGAAUACAGCGGCUUGCCGAGGGGCAUCAGAUGAUCCACCAGAGCUGCCCGGCCAUCUCGAUCCUAGGGGAGUAGAGGACGACACUGAGGCUGAGGGAGGCUCGAAAUCCGGAAACGGUGGCUCUUCGAGUGAUAAAAGCGCGAUAAUGAAGCCUGCGUUUGCUAUCACACCAGCAAUGUCGACUUGCAGUACUCACGUGCCCGGAUCAACUCUCACCUAUUAUUCGAGCGCUUCGCCAUUAAGCGAAGCGUCUUUCCGUUCUUCAAACGCCGCGAUGAAUCCAGGUGGAGGAAGUGUAGUUGGUGGCACGAUGGCUCCAAACUCGGACCAACCACAUGCUUCUCACGCUCAGCAGGGUGGAAGGAGUUGCGAGCGCCCAGCAUCAGCUGCGCCGUCUCUGUAUAACAGUCUACCUGGCGAAAGCCCGCAUACGCGUGGAGGUAUGGACUAUGGACGGACAAAGACUGGUGCGUUUCAUCAGCGAGAUUUCUUAACCAGGCCAGGAGGCCACUGCCAGCAAGCGGGCUCCUCCUCAAAGACGACGAACUUGCAGAUGAACGCAAGGAAGGAAACAUCUCCGACCUCGAGCUCCUUGCUAUCACAACAAACAAAUCCUCGACUUGGUUCCUCUCGCACGCGCGCCAGUAUACUGGCUUCGCAAAAUAAGGCACCAGCGAUGCCUGCGCCCGCAGCGAACGGAAGGUAAGAUGGAAAUCCUGUUCUUUGUGCUGACCAACCAGAUCCAAAUGUGUUAUUCUGGAAGUACAAAGUAAGUUGCUGAGAAAAUAAUUGAUAUGGACUGCGUUUGUCGGGUCUCGGCAGGCACAAAGUCUGCACUAGAUAGGUCACAUACUGCAGUUAUCAAUCGAAUCAUCAAUCACAAUCAUGGACAGCAGACCGAGUUCGAGCAAGGAGACGGUGCAUGCAUUCGGAAGCACCUUCCGCCCGAGGCAGUCGGGGCAGCCGCCGCCACGAGGAGAGACCUCGAAGCAUCGUUCGCCGGAAGCGGGCGCGCGCCCACGCACCUCUAACGCCACCAUUCACCAGAAGCGCUCGAUGGUCUUAGCUCCGAGCGGGUCCUCCUCUACGACUUCUACUUACGGUGGAAGCGCACUCUCUGCCGGAACUGCGUGUGGAACGACAACAGGCGCUCCCCUGUUGUAUAGCAACCACCAGCAAUAUCAGACGACUAGGAAUACUACAGCUGUAGCCACCAGAGCUUCGGGAGCAGGAUUAGCGGGUUACCCUUUUGGUAAUGUGGGUUCGUGUCCCCAGCACGAGCAGCAGGAUGUAGUUUCUGGCAAUGGCAGGUCCGUUUCAACCUUAGCAGCCCCUUUUUCUCGUGCGCGACCGGGCUCGUCACGGGUAGGAGCAAGCUACGCGUCUCCGCCAGGGACGCGGCAGCGAACCAGACCACGAACGGUCGUCGAAGGUGGUCAGCGCCCUGCUUCGGGCUUCGCAAUUCAGCGGGGCGUGACGACGACAACGCCAGCCUACGGUUCUGGAAAUCAACAGAUGGGUACUUCGGCAUCUAACUUCGGGCUAGCGUCGAAUUUCUCAGGAGGCACAAGCAAUGCAGUGGCCGGAUCGACAAUACCACAUAGCAAAUCUACUUUGGCCAAUGGAGCUGCCACCAUACCUGCGACAGGUCUGCAUCAUGGUUCCGCUGUACCAAGUGCAGGUACUGGAGUCGGACACUCUAGGCGAUGCGCUCAAACGCACGUGCAAAGAGGUGCCGCAUCAACGUCACCAGGGCCGGCAAUGGGGAGUAGUAUAGGAGGAGCCCGAGGAGCCAAUACCGUAAUCGGGCAUCACGGCAAUCCAUCAGUUGGUAGCUUUGGUAGUGCAUCUCUCGGAAAACAGCAGCAUGAACGGCAUGUUGUUGCGAAAGCCGAUGGGGCCUCAAGAAUCGGUUCGGGUGACAGCAGCGUCGUGAGCAACUCAAGGAAGGGAGGGGCGCUUUUGCCUUCUAGUUCGGGUACUGCAGGUCCAUAUGGAAUGCUUCGCGCGGCCUCAGAAAAAGUCAUUUCCGGCGCUGCAUGGACGUGUAAGGCGGGGGUCGCGACGGGAGGGGGCGCUCACGGUGGGGUUACUAAGCUUGCGAGUAUUUUGUCGGCAUCGUCGUCUUCGUUGGCAGGAGCAAGAGGACGUGAAGACGUUGACGGAUCAGGAGGAACAAUCGCGACUAGUUGCACAGCUGUGAAAAAUGUCAUGUCCUCUUCCUCGCCCGGUGAAGAGAGGUUACAGGCGCGGGAUGCAGACGGCGAAAAAUGCGACUCCAGAGCAGGUGGUAUUUCGAAGCUUCUGGCUUCGUCUUCCACAGCAACGACCGCGGCGUCUGCCAACUCGACCACAAGAGCAAAGACCAAUCGCUACCUGAAGCAAGAUCAACAUGCUCAAGAUUCUAACAAAGAAAACGAAUAUCCGUGCCACACUCAGGAUUCGCAGCUGCAGCAAAACCAGCACGGUAAUAAUUGUAGUUCCGCCGGCACUUCGACAGCCACAUCAAGCACAGCGAACCUGGUCUCACGGCUACGACAUAUUUCGCCUCCGGCAGCACAACUGUUGCCAAAACUAAGGAAAAGCGGAAAUACUGCAGAGCAUCAACAAGAGACUACGACGUCUUGCCUCAGGUUAAGUAGUACAUCAACGGUCUCCAACAUGGUUGCGCAUCCGCAGAAACAAAACCCGCAUCUGUCAUCUUCACGGAAGAAUCUGCUUACCGGUGAUUCUACAUCUACAAAUGGACGAUUGGGUCAUGAUCAAGUGUUAGGGACUGCUGGAGCUGGUACUUCUACCCACAGACAAAUCGCGGCUACUUCUAACGGGGGUUCAGUGACCGCAUCCAACGCAAGUAGUUCACGGUCGUCGCUUCGGCGAUACACAUCACCCGACCAGGGCACGGGAAUGCAGCCGCACCUGAGUCGAGCGUCCAAACGUCGCGAGAGACCAGCAGCUAUCCGAGAGGAAACCGGACUAGAGAUGAAAGCUAAUGCCCUAGACCACGACGAACACGAACAGAGAGCGCCUCCCGGGACCACAUCCAACAAUGCUACGAACUUUAACGCGUUUGCUGGGCCUGGCAAUGGAUUGUCACAACAGGAGAUGGUGGCAGGAGCUACAGCUGUAGUUACAACGGUAGUGAAGAGCGGCUUUGUAUCAGGUACCAGUGGAACCAGUAAAUUGCUGAUACAACCGCAGGAGGUCCUGGACAUUCCUGCAGAGCCAGAUCGGUUAAGUUACCUUCGGACUGGUGAUGGCGCAAAUAAAAAGCAAGCAUUACCAUUCUUUGGCGCCACGUUUCAGCAACGCAGCUCCGUCACUGCUGCUAAUAAUCACAGGACUACAGAAGCAGCGAGUCAUGGGCAAAACAUACUUGAUGAUGCGUUUGUUUGCAACAUUAUCGAGGAUGUUACCGGAGGUGAUAGUAGGCUAGACAAUGCGCACGGUUUGUCGUCGACAGUCUCAUCAGCCACCUCAGUUACGGGUGAUAGGGUACUACCGUUCUACAUUUUGCUUUUGAAAUCAUGGACAGUACUUUGAGUAAAAUUUUUAAUUUCAACUUUAAUAUUUUUUCUGCGCCAAGGUAUGAAUAAGAACACGACUGAAACUGAUCUCGAAUCCCUUGGCAUGUCUUACUACUUUCCAUCAGUUUUUUCUGCAUUUACCUUCUCCUUACCAGUUCAUCAUAUCGAGUCUGGACGACUAUGUGCCGAGCGACGAGGAGAUAAUACCUUUUGAGGCUCUGGAAGGGCGCUACCUUGAGGACUCUGUCCUUGUGCAACUCAGAGAGUGUGCAGAGCUGAUAGUAUCAUCGACUGCGGCGGUGGAUCACCAACCGCCUGCCCCGCCAGACCCAACACAAGGCGCGAAUGCCUUUGAGGGCCCGAUUACUUCAAGCUUUCACCCGAUUCCGAGAUAAGCUCGGUUGUUGUGAAGAGUAAAGAUUUGAUGUCCCUCUUUGAGAAUAUGAAAAAUUUCUUUCAUCUUUCAAUUAGCUAGAUAGGCUCUACAGCACUUAAUCCUCGAAGAUAGGUAAGGUAGUAUUUCACUACGCGAUAAUGAUAAAUUAUAUGUAUCUAUAAAAAUUAUAUUGAAGAGAUCUAAUUCUAAUGCAAAUGCGAGGCUGGUUCGCGUUUGCCUCUUUUCGCGCGCCCGCCUAUAGUACGAUACAACUAGCGCAAAUUGUGGUGGCGUCAUCUUUAUGAUUUGUUCUUUGAUCACAUGAUCACGGCAUUUGCUGAAAUCGUAAGAUGAAUUAUCAGCACGACACAGAGCGAGUGAGUUCUUCUAUAAUGCUUUUGGUUCGACGAGUAUUCAUAUCAGACCUACCGAAAAGGUAGUACUGCAAUCCAUGCAGUCGUGAAGAUACAUCCUCUACUCAUCAUGUAACAAGUGCCAUCCAGACCCGAUUAUAUUUGGGCCCGACCCUACUCAUGAACCCUAAACUGGCACUCCUCACGUACGGGACACAUAUAAUACAUAGAUAUUGACAUACUUUCAAUAUGAAUUUUGUCAUUCAUGCCAAACCCGCAGACUACAGGGUCCGGCAAAAUACACCUAUCGAGGUCCAUGAUCAUGUCAUAAGCGAAAAAGAAAGCCUGUCUCUCUCUCACUCAAUGCCUGCUUUAGAAGAUCUCAACCCAAUAUGCUGCCAAUCACAGAUUACGUAACUGAACCUGAUAGGCGUGACCUAUUUGCGAUAGAAAACUUUCCACCUCCAUCUUUUCCUGUUUACGGGGGAAGAUAAUGCUGCUGAGUCUGGUCGGUGUCCGAUGUUGGCUCUUGCCCGUUUAAGUUCAGAGUAGACAACGAGUCCGGUUGU